AUGCUUGGCUUGUCAUCAUCAGUCCUUGCUGAUCCUAAACCCAAUGCAUUUAGAACACCAGGACCUUCUGGACUUUGUAAAGAAAAGGGUGAAUUAAAAAAAUUAGGUUUAAGAGAAUCUAAUGGUACACAAAUAAGAACAGGUUUUUGUUCAUCUCAGAUCCAAGGUGAAGUCCCAAAUGUUUCGAAGAUGACCUCAACCAUUAUCGUCUUCCCUAAAAACGCAGGAACAGUCAUAGCAGGAAAGAACUUUACAGCUGUAGUCAAAGUUAAAAACUUGGCAACCGGUCAAUUCAGUGAUCCCGUAGAUGAUUAUUAUGAUCGUCCACAACAACUUAAUAAUAAGGGUGUAAUCCUUGGACACAGUCACAUCAGCAUCCAAAAACUUAAUGGUAAUAACGUUCCAGAUGCAACAGUUUUCGCUUUCUUCAAGGGUUUGAACUUGCCUGCUGAGGGUGGAGCUUUAACACAAGUUGUAAGUUUACCUGCUCCCGGUCUAUAUAGAAUGUGCACCAUGUCAUCUAGUUUCACCCAUCAACCUGUAGUCAUGCCAGUUGCUCAACGUGGUCCUCAAGAUGAUUGUAUUCGUUUCAGAGCAAUAAGAAAGAGAUAG